AUGUCGAACCCAAGAAAUGGUGACACCAAGCCCCCAUGUUUGCCCCGCAAUGGACUGGUGAUUUUAUAGCAACUUAAAGGAGUUGCUCUAAUUCUUUUAGAAGUAUAAACGUCAAUUUGUUAUUUCCUGUGCCAGCCUUCCUCUGUGCCUGCCAUCCUCAGUCCGGCCUUAGCCCACCGCAGCGACCUGCCCAUCCCCAGCCUGGCCUCCCCGCUCUCCUUGGCCGCUCUGGCCAGCGUCUCCUCCCCUCCCAGUGCUUCCUUGGUGGGACUGAACACGAGCGAAGCCUCGGAGCAGCCCUCACCGGAGCGGCUGCCUGGCUCGCCCUUGGAAAGGCAGCUGGCAGUGGACGAGAAGAUCCUCAACCGCUUGUUCUGGUACUUUUCGGCAUGCGAGAAGUGCGUGCUGGCGCAGGUGUGCAAGGCGUGGCGGCGGGUGCUCUAUCAGCCCAAGUUCUGGGUGGGCUUGACGCCCGUCCUGCACACCAAAGAGCUCUACAACAUCCUGCCUGGUGGCGAGAAGGAGUUCAUCAGCCUGCAGGGCUUCGCCGUCCGUGGCUUCGAUGGCUUCUGCCUCGUGGGCGUCUCUGACCUGGACAUUUGUGAGUUCAUUGACAACUACCCCCUCUCCAAGAAGGGGGUCAAGUCCAUGAGCCUUAAGAGGUCGACCAUCACGGACGCAGGGUUGGAGGUGAUGCUGGAGCAGAUGCAGGGGGUGGUGCGGCUGGAGCUGUCGGGUUGCAAUGACUUCACGGAGGCCGGGCUGUGGUCCAGCCUCAACGCCCGCAUCACGGCACUGAGCGUCAGCGACUGCAUCAACGUGGCCGACGAUGCCAUCGCCGCCAUCUCACAGCUCCUGCCCAACCUCACUGAGCUCAACCUGCAAGCCUACCACGUGACGGACACGGCGCUUGCCUACUUCACCGCCAAGCAAGGCUACACCACCCACACCCUCCGCCUCAACUCCUGCUGGGAGAUCACCAACCACGGCGUGGUCAACAUGGUCCACAGCCUGCCCAACCUGAGUGUCCUCAGCCUCUCGGGCUGCUCCAAGGUGACAGAUGAUGGCGUGGAGCUGGUGGCUGAGAACCUGCGGAAGCUGCGCAGCCUCGACCUCUCCUGGUGCCCUCGCAUCACCGACAUGGCCCUGGAGUACAUUGCCUGCGACCUGCACAAGCUGGAGGAGCUGGUGCUCGACAGGUGCGUGCGGAUCACUGACACCGGCCUCAGCUACCUGUCCACCAUGUCGUCCCUGCGGAGCCUAUACCUGCGCUGGUGCUGCCAGGUGCAGGAUUUUGGCCUGAAGCAUCUCCUGAGCAUGGGCAGCCUUGCACCCUGUCUCCUUGCAGGCUGCCCCUUGCUGACCACCACGGGGCUGUCAGGGCUGGUGCAGCUGCAGGAGCUGGAGGAGCUGGAGCUCACCAACUGCCCCGGGGCCACCCCGGAGCUCUUCAAGUACUUCUCCCAGCACCUCCCGUGCUGCAUGGUGAUCGAGUAG